AUGGCAGACGAGGAUCGUUCGAUCAGGGCUCGUUUGAAUCAACGGGCUGGAGCCCGAGCUUCAUGUGUUGUCAUUCCGGCUGCGGAUGCAACCAUGGAGAUUACCCCAGCAUUUAUCAACAUGAUCACCAGUGGAUAUACUUUCUCCGGGGCUAGCAAUGAGGAUUCUCACGAACAUCUCUGCCGGUUCGCGAGCAUAUGUGAUACGAUGAAGAGCCCAACUGUGUCUGAUGAUGCAAUUCGUCUUUGGAUGUUCUCAUUCUCUCUGAUAGGGAAUGCAUCACACUGGUUUCAGAACUUAACACCACGUUCCAUCACAACAUGGGCUCAGUUUGAGAAGGUCUUUCUGGAUAAAUACUUCCCACCUGCCUUGGCAAUGAAGAGACAAGAAGAGAUUGUUACUUUUAAGUAG